AUGGAGGAAGAAGAAUAUGAGGAAGUUGUGGAGUACUACAUUGAGGAGACAGUGAUUGAGGAGGGAGAGCCCCACGAGGUGAUCACUGAGGUCACUGAGACCAUUAGCACAGACUUCACAGGUCCUGAAACCACAACUUACACUGUUGAGCAUGAUGAACCCUCUGCUGAGGCUGCAGCACCUCCAGUCAGGAAGAAGACAAUACGGACAAAAGUGGAUCCAUCCAAGUUCUUGACACCUUACCUGGAGCACAGUAACAAAAUGAAGGACCUAUUCAGUGAGAACAAGUACAAAGAGAAAUUUAUAAAGGAGAAAGGAAAGCCUUAUGCAUCCACAAUUGAUACCCCAGAGAUUCGCAGGAUCAAGAAGGUGCAGGACCAGCUCAGUGAGGUGAAGUACCGUAUGGCUGGGGAAGUCGCCAGAACCAUUUGCCACGUCGAUGAAAAGUCCAUGGAUAUAGAACAUGCAAAGAAAGUGUCACAGCAAGUGAGCAAGGUGUUAUACAAACAGAACUGGGAGGAGAACAAGGACAAGUACCUCCUUCCCCCUGAUGCUCCAGAGCUUGUGAAUGCAAUAAAAAACACAGCAAUGUUCAGCAAGAAACUCUACACUGAAGACUGGGAAAGUGACAAAGGACUGUUCUACCCCUACAAUGACAGCCCAGAGCUCAGAAGGGUGGCACAGGCUCAGAAGACUCUGAGUAAUAUUGUCUACAAAAAAGGACACGAUGAAAGGAUGUCUCAGUUCACCUCUCUGUCAGAUCCACCUGAUGUGGAACAAGCCAAGAAGGUGACAAGGCAGCUGAGUGAUGUUAUUUACCAUGAGGACUAUAAGAACAAAAUCAGAGGCAAGUGGAGCCAAACUCCUUGCUACGAUGUGGCAAUUGCCAAAAUGAAUGCAGAAAACCUAAGUAUGAGAAAAUACCAGGAAGACUUUGAAAACAUGAAAGACCAAAUCUACUUCAUGCAGACUGAAACUCCAGAGUAUGAGGCCAACAAGAAAGUUUCAGACAAUGUCAGUAAGGUCAAAUACAGAGCAGACUACGAGAAGAAGAAAGCUAUUGCAGAUUACAACGUGCUUCCUGCUACAGAGAACCCAUUGCUGAAGCAAUUAAAAGUGGCAGGAAAUAUUCUGAGUGAUAAAUUAUACAAAGAAGCCUAUGAACAGUCCAAAGGGAACAGCAUGAAUUACUGUGACACUCCCAAGUUUCAGACUGACUCUGCUCUGAAGAACUUCAGUGAUGUAAAAUAUAAAGAUGCAUAUCAGAAGAACAUUUUAGGACACUACUUGGGCAGCUUUGAGGACCCACAUCACACCCACUGCAUGCAAGUGGAAGCUAUGAAGAGUGAUAAAAACUACAGGGCAGAUUAUGAGGAGGAAAAGACAAAGUGCUACUUCCCUCAGACCAUAACUCAGGAGUAUGAAGCCAUUAAGAAGUUGGAGCAGUGUAAAGAUCACACCUACAAAAAACAUCCUGACCAGACCAAAUUCACUCAAGUGACAGACUCUCCAGUACAGAAACAAGCAGAGAUCAACAGCAAACAGCUGAGUGAUAUAGCUUACAAAUCCAAAGGUGAAGAGAUGAUUCACACGUACCACCUCCCUCCUGAUGUGCCUCAGUUCAUACAGGCUAGAGUCAAUGCCUACAACAUCAGUGAUUCUAACUACAAAGCAGACUGGAAGAAGACCCUUGCCAAAGGAUAUGACCUGAAACCAGAUGCCAUUUCUAUCAUUGCUGCUAAAGCUUCUCGGAACAUUGCAAGUGAUUACAAGUACAAGGAAUCGUAUGAGAAAGACAAAGGCAAACAGGUUGGGUACCGCAGCCUGCAGGAUGACCCGAAACUGGUUCACUACAUGAACGUGGCCAAAAUGCAGUCGGACCGCGAGUACAAGAAGGAUUAUGAAGUCACCAAGACCAAAUAUCACACCCCCCUGGACAUGUUCAGCGUAACAGCUGCCAAGAAAGCCCAGGAAGUGGCUACAAACACUGGCUACAAACAGCCAAUUCACAACUACACCCUCCUGCCUGACGCUGUGAACCUGGAGCUCUGCAGGAACGUGAUGCAGCUGCAGAGUGAUAACGUGUACAAAUCUGACUUCAAUAACUGGCUGAGAGGGGUUGGCUGGGUGCCCAUCCAGUCACUGGAUGUGGAGAAGGCCAAAAAGGCUACAGAGAUCCUCAGUGAGAAGAAGUACCGUCAGCACCCUGACCAGCUCAAGUUCUCCAUCCCCAUGGAUGCCAUGGAGCAAGUGCUUGCUAAGCAGAAUGCCAAGACCAUGAACAAGAGGCUCUACACAGAUAAGUGGAACCAGGAGAAGACCAGCAUUCACGUCAUGCCAGACACCCCAGAGAUCCUGCAGUGCAAAGUGAACCAGAUCACAAUGAGUAAUAAACUGUACAAAGCUGGGUGGGAGGAAGACAGGAAGAAAGGUUAUGACUUGCAGCCUGAUGCUAUUUCAAUCACAGCAGCCAAAGCCUCCAGAGACAUCGCGAGCGACUACAAAUACAAACUGGCCUACGAGAAAGGGAAGGGGAAGCACAUUGGGUUCCGCAGCCUGGAGGACGACCCCAAGCUGGUGCACUUCAUGCAGGUGGCUAAGAUGCAAUCAGAUCGUGAAUACAAAAAGGACUAUGAGAAGGCCAAGACUAAUUUCCACACUCCAGUUGACAUGGUCAGUGUUGUGGCAGCCAAGAAAGCACAGGAAGUGGCCACAAAUGCAAACUACAAAAACCUGAUCCACACCUACAAUGUUCUGCCUGAUGCUAUGAGCAUUGAGUUAGCCAAGAACAUGAUGCAGCUACAAAGUGAUAACCAGUACAAAGCAGACUAUGAUGAAAGCAUGAAGGGUGUUGGGUGGCUGCCACUGGGCUCCCUGGAGGCUGAGAAGAACAAAAAGGCCAUGGAGAUUGUUAGUGAGAAGAAGUAUCGGCAGCACCCAGACAAGCUCAAGUUCUCUGUCCCCAUGGAUUCCAUGAACAUGGUCUUGGCUUUAAACAAUGCCAAAAUCAUGGAUGAGCACAAGUACAAACAAGCAUGGGAGGAAGACAAAAAGAAAGUUCACAUCACCACAGAUAUUCCCCAGAUUGCCUUGGCAAAGGCAAAUGCCUUUAAUAUAAGCGAGAAAAUGUACAGGUCUUCCUUUGAAGAGUCCAAGAAGAAAGGCUAUGACCUCAGGGCUGAUGCUAUCCCCAUCAAAGCUGCCAAAGCUUCCAGGGAUAUUGCUAGUGAUUAUAAAUACAAGUUAGGUUAUGAACAAGACAAGGGAAAACUCGUAGGCUUCCGCAGCCUUCAGGAUGAUCCCAAACUUGUCCACUACAUGCAAGUGGCUAAGAUGCAGUCUGACAGGGAGUACAAGAAAGCUUAUGAGAUGGGCAAAACCCACUACCAAACACCUACCGAUGCCCUCAGCGUCGUGGCAGCUAAGGAGGCCCAAGAUCGCGUGACCAACACCAACUACAAACGCCUGAUUCACAAUUACAUGCUCCUGCCAGAUGCAAUGAGCUUGGAACUGUACAGAAACAUGAAUCAGAUCCAAAGUGAUAACGAGUACAAGCAGGAUUACAACGAGUGGUUCAAGGGUAUUGGAUGGAGUCCUGUUGGCUCUCUGGAUGUGGAGAAGACUAAGAAAGCCACAGAGAUUGCAAGUGACCGGAAAUAUCGGCAGCAUCCCAGCAUGUUCCACUUCACAAAGCAGAACGAUGCCAUGGACCUGGUCCUGGCAAAGCAGAAUGCAAACAUAAUGAACAAACAUGCUUACACUCAGGCCUGGGAGAAGGACAAGACUCAGGUCCAUGUGAUGCCAGACACACCAGAUAUUCUCCAGGCAAAACAGAACAAGUCCAACUACAGUCAGAAACUAUACAAGCUUGGCUGGGAGGAAAUGAUAAAGAAAGGCUAUGACCUCACACCUGAAGCCAUUUCGGUGAAAGCUGCCAAAGCUUCAAGGGACAUUGCAAGUGAUUUCAAGUACAAGGAAGGUUACCGCAAGCAGCAAGGACAUCACAUCGGCUUCCGCAGCCUACAGGACGAUCCAAAGAUGUUGUGGUCUAUGCAAGUAGCCAAAAUGCAGAGUGAGAGGGAGUACAAGAAAGACUUUGAGAAGUGGAAGACCAAGUUUAAUAUGCCCGUGGACAUGUUAGGCUUCCUUCUGGCUAAGAAGUGUCAGGAGUUGGUUAGUGACGUAGACUACAAACGCAUCCUGCACCGCUGGACUUGUUUGCCAGACCAGGUUGAUGUCACUGAGGCGAAGAGAGUCAAUGAACUGCAGAGUGAUAACAUGUACAAGUCAGACCUGCAGUGGCUCAGAGGCAUUGGCUGGAGUCCUCUGGGGUCUCUGGAAGCUGAAAAGAACAAGAAAGCUUCCGAGAUACUGAGUGAGAAGAAGUACCGGCAGCACCCGGACACCAUUAAGUUCACAAGUAUCCCAGAUGCCAUGGACAUUGUUUUGGCAAAGUCUAAUGCCAAAAACAGAAGUGAUGUACUCUAUAGAGAAGCUUGGAACAAGGACAAGACUCAAGUUCACAUCAUGCCUGAUACUCCUGAAAUUUUGCUGGCUAAAUCCAACUUGAUCAACACCAGUGAUAAACGUUACAAGUUAGGCUAUGAAGAGCUGAAGAAAAAAGGCUAUGACCUUCCUCCUGAUGCCAUACCCCUGCAGGCAGCAAAGGCAUCCAGAGACAUAGCCAGCGAGUACAAGUACAAAACUGCAUACAGAAAGCAGCUUGGCCACCACAUCGGGGCCAGAAACAUCGAGGACGACCCCAAGAUGGUGUGGUCGAUGCACGUGGCCAAGAUCCAGAGUGACAGGGAGUACAAGAAGGACUUUGAGAAAUCCAAGACCAACUUCAGUACCCCAGUGGACAUGCUGGGCAUUGUGUUGGCCAAGAAGUGUCAGGAGCUGGUCAGUGAUGCUGAUUACCGUCACCCUCUGCAUCGGUGGACGUGUUUGCCUGACCAGAAUGAUGUUGUCCAUGCCAGGACAGUGUAUGACCUGCAGAGUGAUAACAUGUACAAGUCUGACCUGCAGUGGAUGAAGGGCAUUGGCUGGAGCCCAAUUGGAUCCCUGGAUGCAGAGAAGAACAAGAGGGCAAGCCAGAUCCUGAGUGACAAGAAGUAUCGGCAGCACCCAGACACCAUCAAAUUCACCAGCAUUCCUGACUCCAUGCCCAUGGUGCUGGCAAAGCACAACUCUGACAUCAUGAACCAA